GAGUAUAUGACGCUUGUGGAGCUGUAGGACCUGGUGGGAAACAGAGGCCCUUAAGUCCCGCCCAAUGUUCCGUCACAGGGCGGAUCACGCCUGCGCUGUGCACGCAGUGGAACCAAGAUGGUGGAUGGGCAUUACAAAGGGAGGAUUUGCAAUCAGGAACACCAAACCAAGCAUCACAUCAGGAUAUUAGAGAGGCACCACGUUUGUCAUGAACAAAAUAUCAUCAAAUUUUGAACAUGGAAGGUAAAAACCCUAUUCACAGUGACAAUAAACUGUACACAUGUUGUGUGUGUCGACAAGACUUCAGCCAAUCAGCAGGCCUCACAAACCACAACUGUAGUCACAUUGGGAAGAAACUGUUCAUCUGCUCAGACUGUGGGAUGGGAUUCACUCAGUCAGCCCACCUUCUGCGACACCAGUGGGUUCACACUGAAGAGAGACCGUUAACCUGCUCUGAAUGUGGGAAGGGAUGCACUCACUCAUCCAGCCUGCUGAGACACCAGCAGGUUCACACAGACGAACGGCCUUUCAAAUGUCCAGACUGUGAGAAGUGCUAUAAAAGUUCCAGCAGUCUAAUGUCCCAUUUACGUGUUCACACUGAUGAGAGACCUUUUAAAUGUCCAGACUGUGAAAAGUGCUAUAAAAGUUCAGGAGAACUGAUGUCCCAUCAACGUGCACACACCAAGGAAAGACCGUUCAAAUGCCCAGAAUGUGGAAAAUGCUAUAAGAGUUCAGGAGAAUUGAUGUCCCAUCUACGCAUUCACACUGAUGAGAGACCUUUUAAAUGCCCAGACUGUGGGAUGUGCUUUAAACGUUCCAGCAAUCUCACUUCCCAUCGGCAUGUUCACACUGACAAGAGACCGUUCAGGUGCUCUCACUGUGGGACUGGCUUCAGGCAAUCAUCUCAACUCACUAAACACCAGCGAGUCCACACUGGGGAGAGACCAUUCACCUGCAAUGAGUGUGGGAAAGGAUUCACUCAGUCAUCCCACCUUCUGACACACCAGCUAGUUCACACUGAUCAGAGACCUUUUAAAUGUUCAGACUGCGGGAAAUGCUUUAAAAGUUCCAGGGAACUGAUCCACCACUAUUACGUUCACACUGACGAGAGAGCUUUUUCAUGUCCAGACUGUGGGAAAUGCUUUAAAAGUUCUGGGGAACUGAUGCGCCAUCAACGUGUUCACACUGAGGAGAGACCAUUCAGGUGCUCUCACUGUGGGGCUGGUUUUAAGCGAUCAUCUGACCUCAUCGUUCACCAGCGAGUUCACACUGGGGAAAGACCGUUCUCCUGCACGGAAUGUGGGAAAGGAUUCACUCACUCAUCCAACUUGCUGAGACACCAGCGUGUUCACAAGUGACUAUAUGUUAAAUGCUGCUGUUAACUGCAUCCUGGAAAGAACCAUGUUCUUUGUGUUAAUUGAUGUUGGUAACUUCCAGUCUGGUUUUAGAUGUAUAGCCUGAAUGAAAGUCAAAUAAAUCAGUUCUGUGUCAGUCUGUUAAAUGUUUACAAUAGAUAGUUUCGUAGGCGUCUCCCUCCCUUUGUCUCCUCCAUCCUCACAUUCAACAAGUGGGAAGAGCUCAUGGAGUUUCUUUGUCAUUAAAUUGAGACAAUCCAAA